GUCCUCGAAGCAAUUGCAAAGCUCAAGAUAGUGCAAGUCCGUAGUAAUAUGUCAAGAGCAGUGUCGCACGUGUUUAUCAACUUUUUGCGAGAGUGACAGUGAUCGUUUGUGAUCUUGGGGCUUCAUCCCUGCAUGAAAAUGGUAGAUGUUACAACGGCUUUACCAUCUAAUGGAGGAGGGUCAUUAAUUGGACGUACCAGAGGUGCUCUCAGAUCUGUGCGAUCCGCACUGGGAGAAAGCGGAGAGUAUCUUCAAGGCUUAGGAAAUAGAAUAGGAUCCGCUCUUAGUAACAGUUUAGAGGAAAGUGAAUUGACUACAACCCCUUCUUCGCCACCUUCGUCGCCGCAAGCAUUACCGCAGACUGUUAAGCCGGAGGAGCAAUUAGGACGACGGAAACUGAGGCUUCCGAGAUUCGGAGCGGGAUUAUCUUACGAGGAUUAUGAGGCAAUAGCGCGGCACAAAUUGGAGCGACAAGUAAGCAGUAAUCUUUCCAGAACACGGAAGUGUCCUCCCGGGAUGACGUACGAAGAAAUAACGUCUUCGAGAUCGGUCUCGAAUAAAAAACAAGAGAGUCGAACGGAAGAGGAAGCCAAUCAGGAUAUUAGUCCUGACCGGGACAGCCAGGAAAGUAUAGAGCCUCUUCAAGAACAGGACAUUAAAGCAACCGGGCCCGAUCCUUACGAGAAGUUGAAUUACAGAGCAGCGAGGGCGCCGACCCGCUAUCAGACGGUUGUUUUCCGUUUAGACAUACCUUGUAGCAGUGAUUCUACGAGCGAUCAAGACGGAUAUGGACCCAGCACUAGUUUAGAUUCCAACAUGGACGGUCGCAGAAUGUGGCAGAGAUCAGGAUCAUCAGGUUCUGUUCAGUCCUGGGCCUCGAGCUUAUCAGCUGAUAGUCAAUCGGAGGAAGCAGCCGCGGAUUUUAUGAAGGCUUUCGUACCUCUGUUAUUCGAUGCACCUAAUAGUAUUGAUCAAGAGCAAAAGGCUAAUUUUGGACAAAUGGUCUUGACCGAAUCGGGAAGAAUAUGGUUCUCUAGAGUGGUGAAUGCGAGAAGAGCGCGUGCGUGUGUUACGGAAGCUUCAUUCUAUUCCUUGGCACAGCAUUUCGCGGUCGCUCUAUUUGAAUGUCAUGAGGCAGACGACUUUGCACCCGCAAAAAGUCUCAUGAACAUGUGCUUCACUUUUUAUCACGAAGUCGAAGUUCCCGGCUUAGAGCCCUAUCGUGAAUAUUUGUACACGCAUUUACGUGUUCAACCAAUAUGGAUGUCUAUGAGAUUUUGGACGGCUGCUUUUUUCGAUGCGAUUCAAUGUGAGCGAGCGUCAAGACCAGUACCGCCUCGGCCGAAAUCCUUAGACCAGGAAAGCAUUGCAGCCGAAGAUCGAAAGUUUCAAGCAAAUAUUGUCUUCGGACAGUUAGGGACUUUUACUUGCAACAUGCACGCUUUCGGUCUGUCACGAACUUUAUGCAUGGAGUUUCUUCGAAAACAAUGCAUUAUUGCGAAUUUAACCAUAGAACAAGAGAAGAUGUUGCGAGAUAACAUAGAUCGAAUGUUUGAUGAGACUGAACCAUGGCGGUAGUUUGAUUUGAGUGUGAAUAAGAUAGAUUUCGAAAAUACUUUUAAGAACUUUUAAGAAUUUAAUAUUUCUUCUUGAAAAUAUUUCCAAAAAAAUUAAAUUGUCUUUACAAGAUCGAAAAAGCGGCGAAAUCAGUUACGAACGAAAUAUUGUUAAUAUUGUUGAUGAAAAUCAACAUUUGUUGAAAUUUACGCCGCGUUUGAUACUGGACACGUCAAUUUCUGAGAUUCAAGUCUUGCACAGAUUCGCGCGCCUUAAAAAUUGAGAAGUAUAUAUUAUUGUAUAUCUUAUUAAAACAAAAACUCUUGCGUAUCGAAUAAAAAAUAAUUCUAUAAACUCCCGCAUUAAGAAAUUAAUUUUAUAACAGAAAUUAAGAAAAGUUGAAUUCUGACAGAGAAAGAUAUUUGUUUUAGAAUAUUUAUAAAUUUUGAAUGUUAAAAUUUACAAGAAGCGAUGAGAUAAAUUUAAAGAAAUGACAAUAAGAUUUGGAAAUAAAACUGCAUUAUUGGCAGUUUAAUCGCGUUAAAGUGUAGUUAUGGAAUGUAAUUUAUGAUAAGCAACAAAAUGAGAAAAAGAAAAAAAAUGUUCUUUUUAGUAGAGGACGUAAUUCAUAAUUCGAUAUAUAUAUAUAUAUAUAUAUAUAUAUACAAAUAUAUGUAUAUAUACAAGGUGUCCCAGAUUAAUGAGAACAAAACUCGUGUGCAAAUAGAGCGGACCAAACUGAGUCGAAAAGUCCUUUAUCAUUUUUUUUUGUACAAUACUUAAUAAGAGAAUUAUUAUUGAGUAAAGUCUGGUCAAUCAUCGCUGAUCUUUAGUCGGGCACACGUCGGUGAGCCGCGCGCCUGAUAGUGAGUGCUCAACUGUUACAGCAGUUUGAUCCGCUUUAUCUGCACACGAGUUUUAUCCCCAUUAAUCUGGGACAACCUGUAUAUAUACAAUUCUCGAUAUAUCAAAACUUAUUUUAUGCUACUCUUAAACAAGAUAUAUUUUCUUAAGUAACUCUUAUUUUAUAACUCAUAUGCGAUUAUUUAUCUAUGUGGUUUCUUUUAUUUUAUUCUACGUAAUUAUAUCAUUAUAUAUAUAAAAAAGUUAUGAUGUAUCGAGAAUUAACUAUAAUUUAAAAUUAAGAUCUGUAGUAUUCUUGUAGCUAAUUUCGUUUUUACAUCCUGAUUAAUGGCUACAGGAUAUAGCUAAUCAUAAAAACUCAAAUUAUAGAUAGAUGUUAUUUUGUAUCUUUAUUGCUUUUUUGCUGGAUAAUAGUAAAAUCUUUAUAAGUUAACUUUGCAUUAAUUUAUCGAUAUAUGACUGAACAUUAUGCAUUUUGUAAGUGGAAUUUACAAAAAUGUAAAAAGCAAAUACUUCUUUUUCAUUAUUAGAAAUUCUAUUAAAUAGAAAUAUAAUUACUUGUUCCUCUAAUAGCGAGUGCCAGCUAAUUGUAAUCAACAAUUCGCGGAUACCAAUGUCUUGUUAUCACACAUCAUGCAUUGUAAAUAAUUUAAAAAGGAAAGCUUGUAUCUAAACACAUAUCAUCAAAUGCAAAUCAAUGUUCUAUUUUAAUUUACAUAUGUCUCGAUCUGCGAUAUUUGAAAAUAUAAAAUAAAGUAUAAAAUAUAAAUAUAAAAAUAUAAAAACUAAAUAAAUUUUGUUAUUGUAUCAGAAA